AUGGCUUGUCAUGGUAAGCAGCUUGGUAUACCAAUUACGUGUGUGCUACCACGCUUUAUACCAUUAUCGACAAUUUCACUUUGCAAAGAUUUUGGAGCUACAGUUGUGGUGCAGGGAAUAAACAAUAUGGAAUCAAGAAAAGUUGCAUUUGAGCUUGCACAAAAGAAUGGUGGAGAGUUUAUUGAUGGACAUGAUCACAUUGAUAUUAUCGCAGGAGCUGGCACCAUUGCACUGGAGAUUUUCGAAGAUGUGAGGUUUUUGCCUUACUCAGAUAAUUACUGCGAGCUGAAGAAUCUUGAAAUCUAA